AUGAAGACUUUAACCCUCCUCCUCCUCCUCCUCGCCUCAGGAGUCUGCGAUGACGUCAAAUACAUCUCCAAGAGAAACUCAGUUGACGGAUGCCUGGAUUGGUCGGUGGAUCUAAAGGAGUACCACGUUCUGGCUGGUGAACCUGUUCGGGUGAAAUGUGCCUUGUUCUACAGCUACAUCCGAACCAACUACACCAUGGCCACCAACGCUAAGCUGCGGCUCAUCUGGUACAAGAACAAAGGAGAUGCAGAGGAGCCCAUCAUAUUUUCGGGUCAUCGCCUGAGUAAAGAAGACGACUCCAUCUGGUUCAGAUCGGCUGAAAUGGAAGACAACGGCUUCUACACCUGUGUACUAAGGAACUCGACCUACUGCAUGAAAGUGUCCAUGUCCAUGACUGUGGAGGAGAGCGAUGAGGGGAAGUGCUUCAGCAGCAACAUCCGCCACCUGGAGAAAGCUGAAAUCACACACAGCAAGAUGGUCACCUGUCCUGAAAUAGAGGACUAUCUGGCUCCUUACAAGCAGCCUCAGAUGACCUGGUACAAGGAGUGUGAGCGGGUGGAGUGGAGGAGCUCCAUCUCUGUAAACACGACGUACAUCUGGAUCCCAGAGGUGGAAGAGGGGGACGGGGGGAACUACACCUGUGAGCUACAGUACGGAUCCAGAGUGGUGCGACGCACGACAGAACUCAAAGUAACAGCUCUUCAGACCACUCAGCCUCCAAAGGUCCUCUUUCCCCCGGAGAGACAAGACACAGGGAUAGAAAUCACCCCAGGUAUGCCUCUCAGUCUGGAUUGCAAGGCUUUCUUUGGCUACAGUGGAGAAAACAGAAGGCCCAUUAUCUACUGGAUGAAGGGGGAGAAAUUUGUUGAAGAGCUGGCGGGACACAUAAAAGAAAGUGAAGUCAGGAUUCUGAGGGAGCAUUUAGGGGAGAAGGAGGUGCAGCUGUCCUUAAUUUUUGAUGCCGUUGAGGAGUCUGACCUGGCAAACUACACCUGUUAUGUGGAGAACCACAUAGGAAAACGCAGCGGGAGUGCUAUACUGCAGAAGAAAGACAUGUAUCGUCUGGAGCUGGCUGGUGGUCUGGGUGUCAUACUGUUGCUGCUGGGAGUCCUGACGGCUCUUUACAAGUGUUACAACCUGGAGAUCAUGCUGUGUUACAGGAGACACUUUGGGAGUGACGAAACUGAAGACGAUAACAAAGAGUAUGAUGCCUAUCUCUCCUACACUAAGGUGGACCUAGACUCUUUGGGCAGCAGGUCGAGCAGCGAUGAGGAAACGUUUGCUCUGGAGAUCCUGCCAGACGUUUUAGAGAAGCAUUAUGGAUACAAGCUUUUUAUACCAGACAGAGAUCUCAUCCCCAGCAGCACCUACAUCGAGGACUUGGCUCGCAGCGUGGAGCAGAGCCGGCGUCUGAUCAUCAUUCUGACUCCUGAGUUCGUUGCCAAACGAGGGUGGAGCAUCUUCCAGAUAGAGACACGCCUCCACGCCAUGCUCGUGACCGGAGAGAUCAAGGUGAUCAUGAUAGAGUGUCCAGACCUGAAGAAUGUCAUGAACUAUCAGGAAGUGGAGGCGCUUAAACACACAAUUAAGGUUUUAUCCAUCAUCAAGUGGAAGGGUGCAAAGAGCAAUGAGCUGUCAUCAAACUUCUGGAAGCAUGUGGUCUACGAGAUGCCGGCCAAACGCAGAGAGACGUUGUCCAGACGUCAGGUGAUGGACUCAGGUGAACAGGGCCUCUUUGGUGACCUGCAGACUACCGUCUCAACUAUCGCAAUGACAACCACCUCCGCUUCCUUGGCACCCCAGAAUGACAGUCGCCACGGACAUCAUCAGGUUGCAUUGGCGACAGAGAUUCCGGACUACAACCAGAUGACUUUGCCACUGGGAGGCGGUCACUCAGCCCAAAUGAGGCACUUCUGCCGCAGCUACGAGUUCCAGCUCCCCACACAGCCGCCCCCAUUGUCGCCUCCACUCCCACUUCCCUCCACUGUACAGUUUUCCACAUUGGGCCCUGGUGGGCGUCACGUCUACUGCAACAUCCCCAUGACACUACUGAAUGGACAGGGGUUCAGAGCAGUUCACUGGGGAACAAGAGGUGCCUCAGAGCAGUACACUUGGGAAGAAGCCAGAAAUCCACCUGAACAGCACCUUCGGACCUCUCACCAGCAGAGAACUAAGCUCUGACAUUUGGUAGGAGGAGGAGAGCUAGAUGAUCAGACUGGUUUGUAGGCUACUUUUACACUGGCUUUGGACAUGUGGUGGACUGAUUUUUGAGACAGGUUUUCACUGGAGGUUUGGACUUUGUACAGCCUUGGUUUUUCAGGAGAGACUGCAAGUGGACCGCCUGCUAAACAGUGUUGGGCUACUUCAUGCUAAGUUGUGAACAAAGGACAGCUCACAGACUGUUGAUGCUUUGGAUUCACAAUGUCAGCUCAUACUGGCUGAAGAAAGUCUGCAAGUAUGGGAUCCACUGCCUGGUUACAAACUUAUGAUGACUCAGCCGUGCCCCUCGGAGAAGAGCGCUGGUAUACAAAACAAGCAGUCAAAAGCUGUGGACGAGUGGAACAGUUUGUAAACUGGUAUGGACAGGUGGAUUAAAUGAACUGGAAAGUCAUUGAAAGGGUCCACCAAACUUUUACAGUGAGUUCAUUUCCAUAGACAUGGGCAUCAAGUUUGACUUUACAGCAUGAACACGCUGAAACCUGUCGAUUGUCCAGAUGUUUAGCUAACGGGAUAUACUACUGAAAAACAACAACUGUGUGUUUAAGGACGUCCAGUUGAUCUUCUAGCUAAAAUCGUGGGUAAAUCAAUCUACCAGUCGACUUUUUGGGCUUGCCAGGAGACUUUAAGCAAUGAUUUUGGAAUACCAGUCCACCUUAAAUCAACUAGUCAACCUCUUGAAUUACAACUUUUGGCUAACUAGCUAGCUGCCUGGUUUGGUCUUUAAAGUUAAAAUGGUGGACUUAAAGGAAACUGACUCAAGGAAGAGCGUGAAGAAAGCAAUUGUUAAAUGUAAUAACCAGGAAUGCACAGAAAGCCGGUGUAUAUGGAAACAUGUCAAACUGCUAAUACAAGUUGACUAAAAGGCUGCUUCCUUCUCAAAGUGGGGGGGACGCCUCCGAGCACCGUGAGACCACCAUCCAGUUUGCUCAUGACUUUGAAACCUAGCAACUAGUAAAUUCAUCAAUAGAUGAACUGGCCAAGAAGUGAACACCAAUUUUUAUCAUCAAGCUAAAAGCUUAAAGGACUUGGCUCUUUCUAUUUGCAUGACCACCCAUUUAGAUUAAAAGAUAUUAAAUAAACAUAGAUAAAAGAGUAAAUGACACAACAUUUCCUGCAGCCUCUUUUAGUAUGGACGAGAAUAAAUGUCUUCUGUUGGUAUAAUAUUGUUUUCUGCCCAGCCAUGAAGUAAGAUACAAACUGAUAAAGUGAAAUGGAGGAGUCCCUCCAUAACGUUGUUUUUAUUUAUUUGACUAGUUUCAGCCUUCUUGAUGGUUGGUGAACAUUUUUGUAAGGCUUUGUUUUUAAUGUUUGUUUGUUACAAUAAUCUCUGUACAGCUUCCAUAACUUCUGCAUAAUAUCCUAUACAUGACAGUGAUUUGUUACCCACAGGUUUCGUUAACACCUUCAUUAAGUUUGUGUGACCCAGAGCCACGACUGCUUUUACUAUGUUCAAUGGAUGGAUGGAUAGAUGAAAGGAUGAUGGAUGGAUGGUUGAAUGGGUGGAUGGACUGAUGAUGGAUGGAUAGACGAAUGGACUAUUGGAUGGAUGAAUGAUGAAUGCAUGGAUGGAUGGAAGGAUGGAUGGAUGAAUGAAUGAGUGAUGGAUAGAGGGAUGGAUGGAUGGGUGGGUGGAAGGACUGACAGAUGGGUAGAUGAAUAGUCAAGACAGAUGGACUGAUGGAUGGACUGAUUGAUGAAUUGACUGACAGAAGGAUUGAUGGAUAGAUGGAUGGAUGGAUUGGUGGGUGAAUGGAUGGAUAGAGGAAAAGAUGGAUGAUGGAUAGAUGGCUGGAUGGAUAG